AUUGUAGGAGUGAGACAGCACUGGUGGUUGCCGGCUGUGACAGGGUUUGUGCUGAACAGUGAUUAAAAUGUUCUCGUCCGAAUCCAUUUUAAAUCGUGAGCUCAACAGGAGCAUGGAUUAUCACUACACGGGGCCGGUGGAGCAGCGCUUUAACCCAUACACCUUUAAUGGAGGGACUGUACUUGCUCUUGCAGGAGAUGACUUUGCUCUCGUUGCUUCUGACACAAGACUUAGUGAAGGUUAUAGCAUCCACAGCAGAAACACACCGAAAUGUUACAAAUUAACAGACAAAACAGUUAUUGGUUGCACUGGAUUCCAUGCCGACUGCCUCACACUCACAAAAAUUAUUGAAGCCAGGCUAAAGAUGUACAAACAUUCAAAUAACAAAACCAUGACCAGUGGAGCUAUAGCUGCCAUGUUAUCCACCAUUCUCUACUCCCGCCGGUUCUUUCCUUACUAUGUUUACAACAUCAUUGGAGGCCUUGAUGAAGAAGGUAAAGGGGCAGUGUACAGCUUUGAUCCAGUAGGCUCAUACCAGAGGGAUGCAUACAAAGCUGGUGGCUCUGCGAGUGCCAUGUUGCAACCUCUUCUUGACAACCAGAUCGGAUACAAGAACAUGCAGAAUGUUGAGCAGCUCCCUCUGACAUUGGAGAAGGCUCUGAAGCUCAUCAAAGAUGUAUUCAUAUCUGCUGCUGAGAGAGAUGUAUACACAGGCGAUGCGCUGCAUAUAAGCAUUGUGACUAAAGAUGGCGUCAGAGAAGAGUCCAUUUCUCUUAGGAAAGAUUAAUUCACAUGCAGCCAGUAACCAGGCUGUUGGCAUCUUCUGAACUCUCUCAGAAAAUUCUUUGAUUUCUGCAAUGCUGAUCUUUUUUAUUCCCUCUAAAAUAAAAACCGAAAAACCGAAUUUCACUACAAAUGUAUAUUUGUUAAGGUAGUGUGGGCUGAUGAUCCAAUAUACCUUGUUUUUGGAACAGGUUAUAAGAUACCGGUACGGGACCUGUAACCCAAAAUGCUCGGGACCUAGGGUUUUCGGAUAAUGGAUAUUUUUGUAAUUUGGAACUCCAUUCCUUAAGUCUACUAGAAAAUCAUUUAAUAAACCCAAUAGGCUUG